CUCUCUCUCUUUGCAUUUUUUUUGUUUCUCGCAGAAUAAAUUAAAUUCCGGCUUGGGUUUUUCUCCUUCAGAUUAAUAAGUGGGAAAAAAAAUGUUGGAGGCGAAGAGCUUGAGAAAGGCGAGAAUCCCUUCAUCUCUUCUCCCCAAUCCCUCGCCUGGUCAUCUCCAAUCCACUCGCCUCGCCGUCCACGUCGAUGAUGUCGCCUCCACCUGCUCUGCCUUCGUCGCUUCAGGAUGCCACGUGUACAAGAUCGAGCAGAUAUCCUCAGAAGAAUCUACCGUUGUCAAGGGAAAAGAGAGCCUCCUAAUUCCUGUUCAGGCACAGGUUGUAAAUUCGUCUUUGGUUGAUCGCUGUCCGCAUCGUUCAGAGAUCCAGAGUAUAGCACUUGCAGAGAAAGAUGGUGAUGAUUGCUUAGUCAUGGGUUCUGUGGAUUCUUAUGGUCAUCUGAUUGUUUCCCGAUUGGAUACCAUUGGUUCAGAUUUUGACAGGCUCUCGUAUUCAGUACCACCUCGGCAUUGUGGUAUAUGGGAGAGCAGUUGGGCUGGAAUCUGCUUCAGCCCAGUGUGUUGGUCUACGGCAGCAGUUGCACAUAGUUUCAGCAAAAGUAUUAAUGUCUAUGAUCAAGAUAUUCAUCUCCGAAGUUUACGCACAUUGUGGUAUCCAGCUUCAUUUAGUUUUCUACAAAGUUCACUAGCUGCUGAUACAAGCUCUAUUCUUAUUGUUGCUGAAGGCUCUCAGCUAAGUGUAUGGGACUUGAGAACAAACUCGAACAAUGGUUGUGUGCAACGUGUUUGUGGUGCCAUUGGAGAUCUCAUAUAUGCUGUUUGUAGUUCCCCAUCUGGACCUAUUGCAGCUAGUGGAUCUGAUCGAACUGUGACCAUUUAUGAUCCUCGCAGGUGGUCAGCCUUGUCAAGAUGGGUGAAUUGUUCAAAAUAUGAGAUAACUGGUCUCUCUUUUUCGUCACUAGAUGAUGGCUAUAUAUAUGUUCAAGGUGCUGACUAUGAGAUUUCCUGUGGGCAAUGGAGGGACAACAAAAAAAGAUUUGCGUUCAGAGGAGAUUCUAACUGGCUUGGUUUUAGUAAGUGUGCAAGAAAAGAUGUAUUGGUUGGAUGGUGUGAAUCUGGAAGAUUUCAAAAUUAACUGUCUUGAGCUGGAGAGGCAAGAUCUUAAGAUCUCAGAGCUAGUCAAAGCAAGUUGACAGUCGCAUCACCAAGGCAGUCCUGUUUUGUAUUUCUAGUUGCUUUGUGCUACAUUAUCAGAUUAAAUAUCAUUCUGAACAACCGUUUGCUGGUUACGUCACCAAUCAAGCAUCACUGGAAUUUGUGCAACAUUCGACCAAGUAACUUUAGAAUGAACAUUUGAAACAUCUUAACAUACAGUUUUGUCUCAUGUACUUGAAAAGCUUCUCUUUAUUGGGUGAUGACCUGAUCAUAGCGUCAGGUCUUUUUUUUAUUGUAUUAAUGCAACUAGAAUAUUGUAUCAGUACAAUUGCCGACUUCAAAACUUGUGUUUAAGAUGCCUGUACCGCCAACUUUAAAAUUUGUGUUCUUUUCUC